UUCGUCUACCUCCGUCUGGUCUCCUUCAUUUCACCAUCCUUUCCUUAAAAGUCCCACCCAAAUGCUACCAAACUGCCAGAAAACACAUCUUAAGAACGCAGUUGCUCGUUUCUUACAUCUGCUCUCUUUAACACCCCUCAUUUCUCAAACCCUUGCUAUUUUAACAUCUCUCUUUCUCUCUCGAUGACCACACCAUCAUCUACCGUCGAAUCCUGCACCGUUGAAACUGCCGAUGGCGCCAAGCUCCACACCCGAGUCUUCAAGCCCAAAGACCCCAAGGACAAUUUGGUAAUUGUGCUUGUCCAUCCGUACUCCGUCUUGGGUGGCUGCCAAGGCCUGCUGAGAGGGAUAGCCGUUGGUUUGGCGGAGAGAGGGUACACGGCCGUUACGUUUGAUAUGCGAGGUGCUGGUAGGUCUACUGGAAGAGCUUCUCUCACAGGCUCUGCUGAAAUCCGCGAUGUAAUUGUUGUCUGCAAAUGGGCUGUUGAUAAUCUGUUGGCCGAUCGGAUUCUGUUGGUGGGUUCUUCGGCAGGUGCAGCAAUUUCAGGUUCUGCAGUGGAUCUGGUCGAACAGGUUGUGGGCUAUGUGAGUUUAGGGUACCCAUUUGGCUGGACUGCCUCCAUCCUCUUUGGCAGGCACCAAAAAGCCAUUCUACAAUCUCCCAAACCAAAGCUCUUUGUUAUGGGUACCAAUGACGGGUUUACAAGUGUAAAGCAGUUGGAGAAUAAGCUGAAAUCUGUGUCGGGCCGCGUUGAAACCCAUUUACUUGAAGGUGUAGGCCACUUCCAAAUGGAGGGUCCUGCUUAUGAUGCCCAAAUGGUGAAUCUGAUCCUCCAGUUCAUAGAAUCUUUGUAGGACCAGCAUGACAAGCUUUGGUAUGUGUGUGAUCAAGAAUGUAAGCAUAGGAUUGCUGGAGGCCAUUGAUAAUCUUGGCUCCAGAUGCCCUUGUUCCUUAUUUUUUGUGAUCUCUAUCUUGCCUCCAGAUGCCCUUGUUCCUUAUUUUUUGUGAUCUCUAUCUUUCAUUAUUGUAAUUUAUCUGCAUAUUCACUGACUA